GUGAAAAUUUAUCUUUCUGAUAUCAAUGACAGAUGUUACAAUCAAUGAACAUUUUACUUAUCCAUAUAUUCUUAUUUACAAAAUAACAAUCUACAUCAAUAGCAAAAAUAAACAAUUAAUUAUGGCUCCUAGUGUAGCUAUGUUUGCUUUAACCAUCAGUUAAUUAACAAAACCAUCAACUUCCUUUUUUAACUGAUCUGCAAAUUUGAUAUUAAUAUUUUUAUGCUAUAAUUUGUAUGUGAUUCAUUUUUGACUUACAAUUCAUACAAUAAUUAUUGGCUAUUUUUGAAUAUAACUUCAUUAUAAAACAGUUGAAAAAUUGGAACUGUACAUUUAAAUGCAGGACUGUCCCACCUAAUUCAGGACAUCUGGUCACUUUAGUAUAUUCUCUAUGCAUGUAGAAAAUUUUCUGUUAAUUCUCUACAACCCUUAUUAUUCCUAAUGAAUGUAAAUAAAGUUUUUAAUAAUAAAUUUUCAGGUUUAUAUUAAUGAUUUUUUUACCCUAUAUUUUUAUUUUUUGUAAUUAUUAUUUUGUAUUCUUUUUUUUAGAUAUCUCAAAAUGACAACAUUAGUAGAAACUGUGUCAAUAAAUUAUGAAGAUUUUAAUGUGACUUUUUUAACUUGUAGUACCUGUUUUUGUAUGUAUGAUGCUCGUACUCAUACACCGAAAUUACUAUCUUGUUCUCAUACUGUGUGUUUACAGUGUUUAGAAAAUCUUGUAGAAAAUUCUGGGGCUCGGGAGUCUGGUUUAUUCCGCUGCCCCAUUUGUCGUAAAACAAUUCCUCUUCCAAGAGAUGGUGUCCGAGCGCUUCCUCCCAGUUUUGUCGUUAAUCAACUCCUUGAUCUUAUGGCAAACCAAAGACGAGAAGUGAUUCCUAAAUGCUCUAUACAUCCUUCCCAAGAACUUCUAUUUUGCGAAACUUGUGAUUGUGUGUUUUGUAUCAUUUGUACUAAUGCCAUUCAUGGCAGUUCCGGUUGUGAACAUACAGUCAUACCUUUUUCUAUUGCUGUAAAAAGACUAUCAGAAAUAUUCCUGUAUAAAGCACAUCUUUGCUCUCAAAAAUUAAAUGUUGCAUCACAGAAUUUAAACACUGAAAUUAAUAAACUGGAUAAAAACAUAGAAAAAGCCUUACAACAGAUAAAUUCUUCAUUUCAACAACUUAAAAAUGAUGUCGUAGAACGUAAACUAGCACUUUCAGAUCAAUUAACAGAAAUUUACAAUAAUAAAAAGCAAGUUUUAAAAGAGCAGUUGAAAGAUAUUAAAGAAGAAACAGAAAAACUUACUGAAGAAAAUGAUAGAUUACAAUUUGAAGUGGAUAUUUCUAAUCUUGCAAAGAGGAUCUCCGAUCUUCAUGUUAAACACGAUUCAAUAAAUAACGUAAUGGAACCAAAAGAAAAUCCAUUUUUAUCUUAUACGUGUGACAACACAUUUGACACUGAAACAUUCAAAAGUUUUGGUAAUUUAAGAACCAGUCGAACAUUUCCUGCAUUAUGUACUGCAACACUAGAAGAUACUUAUGCUCAUUUGGAAGCUACCAUUUCUGUAAAAACUGUAGAUUACUUUAGUAAUCCUCAGAUGGAAGGUGGCGAUAUAAUUUCUUGUAAGGCAAUGUAUAAAAAUGGGGAUGUAAUACCUGUAAAAAUUGAAGAUAAGAAAAAUGGAAGUUAUGAGAUAAAAUAUGUACCUUUUCGUACUGGUAUGUAUGAACUUCAUAUUGCAAUUUUUGACAGACCUAUUCACAAUAGUCCAUUUAUACUUGAUGCAUCAGAACACAUUAAUCCCAUCUGCCAAUUUGGUAAACGAGGUUCUGGAAACUUUGAUUUGUCACAACCAGCUAAUGUAACUGCAAAAAAUGAUGUAUUUGUAUUAGAUACAAGUAACAAUCGUAUUGUUGUCUUAAAUCCACAGUUAGAAUUUCUUUAUCACAUCUCAAAUGAAGGACUUAAAGCUUUUGGAAGCACUGGAAUAGCAAUGUCACCAAGAAAUACCAUUUUUGUUGUAAAUUGGCGAACAAAACUGGUAACAGAAAUGUCACUCGAUGGAAAAACCAUAAAUCAAUUUACACAUGAUGCAUUUGUGGAACCAAUUGACAUAACAGUUAACAGUCAGGGAGAAAUUUUAGUUGUCGAUGAUUAUGCCAAAUCUGUAUUCUUGUUUAAUCAAACUGGAAAAUUUUUGAAAAUGAUUGGAGAAAAGGGAAACAAGGAAGGCCAAAUAAAUUUGAUAACUUCAAUAACUAAUGGUCCUUCAGAUGAAAUCAUAAUUUCUGGUACAAAGCUUAUCAUCUUUAAUAAUAAAGGAAUGUUUCUGAGAGAAAUAUGCUCAAAAACAGCAGGCCAAUAUAGCGGAAUCCAUUAUGACAAUAAAGGAAAUAUUCUUGUUACUAGAUCUGAGAAAUCUGGAUCAUAUAUCCAAAUUAUAGAUUACUACACAGGAGAACAAAAAUUUAUAAUUGAUAGCUACGAUUCUAAACUGAAACGUGCAGCUGGAAUUGUAUCAAAAGAUGAUUAUGUCUAUGCUAUAGAUUUAGGUAAUAACUGCGUAAAAAAGUAUAGAUAUCUGUAAAUAUAAUCAAGGACUUCAAAUUUUUAACUGAAUUUAGCCUGAUUAAUGAUAUUAAUUUGUUGUUCAUAAAGAUGUUGCAAUCUUUGUUGUUCAUAUUUACAACUCAUGAACUGGUCAAGAAUUAGAGCAAUGAUCAAUUGAUUCAUCAAAGUAGGUAAUCAGUACACUAAUCUGUUAUAGCCAGGCUUGACUCACAAUGGGAUCAACCAGUACUAGAUGAGAAAAUGGGAACAUUUAGCCUUAUUAUGCAUGAUAAAUUAUAUAGUUUGGAUUUUAACACUGAUCCCGAUAUUCUAGGCUGAUAUCUUACCAAGCUGCCAUUGGCAAUGGUUGGAGUUAAAAGUUAUAAAAUAAAAUGAAUGCUAAUUGAUUGAUUUCUAAUUCUGAUUCAAUUCUGGAUUGUGAAUAUAGACAUACUGAUUUGCCAAUUCUAAUGUCUUAAUUUAAAAAUUAGUAGGCAAUUUUGCAUUAUUAUUAGAAAUAAUUAAGGUAAAGUAAUAAGAUAUUUAAAUGACACAUUGUAUAAGUGUUUUGAGGAAUUUUUUUUAAUACAUAUUUGCACUUUUAUCACGUGUAUUCUGGAAACCUUCCAAAUAAAUGCAAAAUUCACAUUAUUGAAUGUUAAGCUAUAAAAUCUAUAAGCUAACGAACAUAACUGUUUUUAUUAUAUUCAUAAGCUGUAAUUGCAAAUAUUAAUUUACUUUAGUCAAAGUGAGUUUAUUUAAUGUAAAUACAAGUAGUUUCUAUCCUUUAAUUCAUCUUCAUUGUUAAAAAAUUUAAGAGAUUAGAGAGAGAUGUUUUCAGUUUAUCUUAUUUAUUCUGCAAUUCAUUUACUAUUAAUUUUAUCUUAAUCUUAGACACAAUGUAGUAAAAGAAAUCUAAAAAUGAAAGAUUGUUUAAAAACAUUCAAGUAGAAUAAAUAGUAUUGGAAGAUAUAAAAUUUUAUAUCAUCAAUGCAAGUAUUAUUUUUCCUCAAUCAGUUGCAUUCCAGUUUGUCUUCAUCUUAAUUUUGCAUAAAAACAGUACAAUAUUAGAAAACUUGUGGAAUCUCUCUUAUUUCUAGGAAAAUAAGAGAGAAUUAAUCAGGUGAUCACAUUUUAUAUAGAAAGCUUUGGAUUUAUUGGCAUGAAAUAUGGAAUAAUUAUGUAGCAUAUUCAUUUCUGUCCUCUUCAGGUGGUAUUUUCUGUAUGGCAUUUAGUUUCAGAAGAAAGUCUGAGGCUUGAAGUUGUUGGUAGGAAGCAUUACAUAGCUAGAUUCAAUUUUACUCCUUAUGGAUGGGGCUAUCCUGCAAGACAUUUAGCUAGAGAAGAAUGAUGCCUUGAUCUGAAUUUUUGUGCAAAAAUUCUUGAUAAACCAAUCAUUAGAAAAGGUAAUAGCUACAUUACAUGAAAGUGAAUGCAACAAUCAUCAGUUUGACACUAAUUUCCCAUAGGUUUAAGACAGAUCAUGUAAUUAAUGAAUUGUAUCAUAAACAUUUGUAGAAUAUAAUCUCAAACAAAUUCAUAACUGUUAAAUAGGAAUUAAUGCAAAUUAGAAUCUGAGUUAAUUUUAUCCCAAAUGAACAUAUUAGAUAAUGUAACUACCAAAUCAGAAUUUGCUUUAGCUGUUAACCACAUUGUAUUCAUAACUUCAUUGAGUUAUAUUAAUAUUACUAAUUCAUAUUUGUAAAGGAUAUCAUUUAUCAGAUGAUGAUUGAUUAUAUUAGGUGAUCAUAUCAGGUUCAAGUAGAAUUUACAGAAAAUUUGGAAAUGCUGUGAAAAUGACUUCAUGACACCAUAAGUAGAUAAUGCAACAAGCAUGUCAUACAGAAUGCUUACCAUAUCAUGAGGUGUAACUCAUAGUGUCACCAAACUUCUUUAGUACUUCUACCUUUCAUUUGAUCACUCCAUAGAUGAACAGUAUACAGUAUUAUCCUAACUGUUAGUUCAGGAAUUAUUUUAGAUUAAAUUUGAAAUAAUAAAUGAUAAAUUCUC